CCCCACUAGUUAUUUCCUAAGUUGGUUCGAGAGAGGCGGUCUAUGGUUUCAGACUUUGUUCGUGUCCGUGGCAGUUGAGCGUUCUCAUAGGAUUCUCGGUGUAUUCUGGAUAACGCUGCGUUUAUUUUUUCCGUUGAAGGAUUACUUCUAUCUCGGCUUGUGAUCCUCUACCAUGAGCAACUGUGUGAACGGAAGCAAUGGGGUCUGCAGGUCGGAGCUCCAGUGGAAGGUCGGCCUGAUCAACAGCUCCGGCAAAUAUCUGACGGCCGAGUCUUUCGGCUUCAAGAUCAACGUGUCUGGGACGUCCCUCAAGAAGAAGCAGACGUUUGUCCUGGAGCAGGACCCACAAGACGAGGUCCUCUACAUCAAGAGCCACACGGGCAGGUAUAUGUCCUCUGACAAGUACGGUAACGUGAGCUGCGAGGCCGAGGACCGGGAGCAGACGGAGAAGUUUACAGUCGAGUACGACAAGAACGGCUCGGGACGCUGGGCCUUUAGAAAUGUGGCUCACGGCAACUUUCUGGGCGGACACGAGGACAACUUGAAGUGUUUCGCCAAGUCUGUGACGGAGAGCGAGCUGUGGGUGGUGCAGCUCUCAAUCCACCCCCAGGUGAACCUGAGGAACGUCAACAGGAAGCGGUACGCCCAGCUGAAGGACGAAGAGCUGCAGGUGACCGAGGUCAUCCCCUGGGGCAAGGAGGCGCUCAUCAUCCUACACUUUGACAACGGGAAGUACGCCCUCAAAACCUACGACAACCGUUUCCUCAACCGGGAUGGAACCCUGGUCUCCGAGCUGACGGACGAGAGCCGUUACACUCUGGAGAUGCGGAGCGGCGCCAACAGCGGGCUGGCCUUUAAGGACAGGACCGGCACCUACCUGACGGCCGUGGGCGCCACGGCCACCAUGAAGGGCCGCAACAAGACGGUCAGCAAAGACGAGCUCUUCACGCUAGAAGACUCCUGUCCACAGGUCGUCUUGACCUCGCUAGGCAACAACAAGAAAGUGUCCAUCAGGCAAGGUGUGGAUGUGACGGCCAAUCAGGAAGAAGCUGAGGACACUGACAAAGAGAUAUUUCAAAUGGAACUCUUAGUUCCUGCAACAGAAGAGUCGCCAGCCAAGUGGGGCUUUAGAACAGUGGAUAACACAUACUGGACCCAAGAACCUUUGGGGGGUAUCCAAGCUACAGCAAGAGACAAAUCCAACCCUAACACAAGAUUUGUAGUUGACUGGUUGGGAGAUGGCACCAUUGCAGUUAAAUCUAGUAACGGACACUACAUUCAAAGCCGACAGACAGGACAACUUGUAGGUGUCAGCGACUCUGUCACUAACAAGGAAAAGUUCUAUGUUAAAAUAAUCAACCGGCCACUUUUGCUGCUGAAGAAUGAGCACGGCUUUGUUGGUCUCAAAUCUCCAGGCAAGUCAGAAGUCCAGUGCAGCAAGAGCAACUAUGAGAUCAUCUACCUGGAGCCCAGUAAUGACGGACAUUAUUUCUUAAAAGGAGCCAACAACAAGUACUGGAGACUUUCAGAGGAUGCCUCAAUUCUGGCUGAUGCGGACACACCAGUACCAUUUCUGCUAGAACCUAAGGGCUCGGCCAUCCUGACAAUUAAGGGUCCUAAUGGAUGCUAUAUCAAAGGAGAACACAACGGUUUAUUCAGGGCAGUGGGUCAGGAGGUCGACGCCUCAAUGCUGUGGGAAUAUUAAUUCCAGUUAACAACUGUCAACAUUUGCAAGGACUUGAUUCAACUCUUUGAAGGAAUGGGACACUAUUAUUUCACAAUUUAAUCCAAUCAUUCCACCAAGGAAUUUCCUCAAUUUUUAACAUCAAGCUCUGUUUUAUCUAUUGACAUUUUUAAAAACUUUGAAUUUUCCAGAAAUGUUGUCAAUUUUGUCUCACCUAUGUGGUGAGGUUUUCUCAACCGUUGCUCAACAUCUGGCCUUGAACAGCUGCAUAUCUGUGGAUUACCAUUUGCAGAUAUCUGUGGAUUACCAUUUGUAGAUAUCUGUGGAUUACCAUUUGCAGAUAUCUGUGGAUUACCAUUUGCAGAUAUCUGUGGAUUACCAUUUGCAGAUAGUAUCUGUGGAUUACCAUUUGCAGAUAGUAACUGUGGAUUACCAUUUGCAGAUAGUAACUGUGGAUUACCAUUUGCAGAUAGUAACUGUGGAUUACCAUUUGCAGAUAUUAUCUGUGGAUUACCAUUUUCAGAUAGUAUCUGUGGAUUACCAUUUUCAGAUAGUAUCUGUGGAUUACCAUUUUCAGAUAGUAUCUGUGGAUUACCAUUUUCAGAUAGUAUCUGUGGAUUACCAUUUGCAGAUAGUAUCUGUGGAUUACCAUUUGCAGAUAGUAUCUGUGGAUUACCAUUUGCAGAUAGUAUCUGUGGAUUACCAUUUGCAGAUAGUAUCUGUGGAUUACCAUUUGCAGAUAGUAUCUGUGGAUUACCAUUUGCAGAUAUCUGUGGAUUACCUUUUGCAGAUAUCUGUGGAUUACCUUUUGCAGAUAUUAACUGCCUCUUUCACUUGCCAACUGGAGAAGUGCUCCAAUGGUGUCACUAUUUAAUGUAGUCAUCAGCACUAAAUCUUAAAUUUGACUUAGAUCAAUCAGGUUAAUUAAAUCGUCAGCAUUAGUCAAUAUCUGGGACCACCGUGAGGCUUCAGCUGUGUAACCAUGGCAACUAUGAUCAUAUUGCUUUGUUGGACCACAUCAUCGUGUCAAGCUCUUGGACAUUAUCCUUUUGUUUGACAAAUACUUGGUCAUGGUAUUAUAGUUUCAGCAAGCCUUGGAAGAGAGUACUCAAUCUCCAAUGCUUUUAUUCAGCAGUUGCAUUUCUGUAGCGAUCUUUCAAUACUUUUAUCAAGUCAGCCAUGGUAUUAUAGUUCCAGCAAGCCUAGGAAGAGAGUACUCCAUUCCCAAUGCUUUUAUUCAGCAGUUGCAUUUCUGCAGCGAUCUUUCAAUACUUUUAUCAAGUCAGAUAAUCUCACACAAACCAGCAUUAGUCUUUUCACCAUGCAAAUAUCUAUUUUUUUUAAUUUGGUCAUUAAUUGGUUGGCUCCUGCAUGCAAAUACCAUUCAAUGCUGUGUCCUUGGUGUCAUUCAGCAAGGUUUGUUUGUUGCAUAGUUUAGCUUGGGGGAGGGGGGGGGGGGCAAAGCUGGGAUUAUGACCCUUCCUCCCAUAAAUGCAGUGAAUGGUGGUCUUGUGUGGUGAGUCCACCCUGUUGACAGUUCUAGCUUGUCUGAUUUUUGGACCCACUUUGUAAUAAAAAGGAAAAAUUUCCUUGAAAAUGUUUUAUAAUAGUUUGACAUUGAUUUUUUUCUUAUUAUGGUUUCAAAAAUUGUUUUACUUUAUAAUUUAUAGAAAAACCAAAUCCACUUGGAACAGGGGUUACUUUUUAUGAAGUCCACAAAUAUUGUGAGUUUAAAACCACCCACCCUUUCAAUCAUUCAAUGGACGCUACCCUCCCCCUACAAACACUCACAAAAGUGGUAUAGUCCACUCAAAACUGUCAAGGACAAUGAAUCUACAGUACUAAGUUUUUUUUUUUACUAAUUCAUGAUUCUCCAAUGUUAAAAUUUGUUUAAAAAAUGUUCCAUCCAAAUAGUCCUAGAUUUGCAUUUAUCAAGCUAAGCCUACAAUAGUUAAUGUUUUUUAAAUUUACAUCUUCUAUACUAUUUGUAAAUAGAAUUUUUGUUCUUUACAACUCACUGUAUUAGCUAAUUAAUUUUGUUAAUUGCAUGUUUUAUGGAAUUGUAGUAUACAUUUGCUAACCUCAUUCAAUAAAAUAUAUUUUGAGCUGUGUAGAAAAUAUAAGGGGCUAACCUUGUUCUGUUGUUAGAAAUGUGGUAUUGUUUGAUAAAUUGAUGAAAUUGUAUUUAACAUGUAUGACAUUGCAUUAAACAUGUAUUUGUAUGUAAAUCUAUUUAACAUCUGACAGUUAUUUGCCGUAAACAAUUUUUACUUGUCAUUUGUACGGCUGCAUCUGCCAGCCUAUUGCUCACCAUUUGUCAGUGUGUCACACUACAUGAGUGACGUCAGUGUGUCACACUACAUGAGUCACAUUAUGGGCGAAUGUUGUAGUGAAUAAAUUAUUGUCCUCUUGUUUAGCCGGCCUGUAAAUACAGUCUGCGCCUUGAAGUAAACUAUCCCUGGGGUUUGCCACCCCCUGGGGUAGGUGCCCCAUGGGUUUGACAUCGCUUGCAUUCACCUUAGCUUGAUCUCAGAUAUUAUUGUAUUCUUAACACAUGUCAGUAUUACUAUUAGGUAAGAUGAAUGGACAAAAUUGUUUACAUUUUCUGGAUUUAAUUGUACAAGUUAAAUUACUUUCCUUUUUGAAACGGUUUAUAUUUUCCUUGUAUUUAUAUUUUAACGCUAAUGAUAGCUUAAGUAGGUAAUUUAUUCAUUUUAAAAUGUAUAUUUAGACUAAUAGAGAUAACUUUCAGGAGAUUUACAUGGUCUUUUUAAUAAACUUUUUUGCAAUUUAA